ACGCAACUCGCGUUGCAACAGCAGAGAGGCGGCAAACGUGCGUGCCGUGUAAAUAACACGGAUAUAUAUAACAUAACCCCAUUAUAUACAGUGCCCGCCAUCAGUGUAUGCGUGUCGGAGAGUGCAACGUGAGCCAAGCCGGCCGCCAAGACGAAAGGAAAAAAAAAAAGAAAAACCGCCGGAAAAGUCGCGCCUGAUAAUAAUGUUGUGUGUCUAAUGAAAGGCAAGGCACGACGAGCAUUAAAAUCCCUGGCCGCAUAAAUCUCUGGCAUCGCAUUCGAAAUUCUAAUUUCCGUGGCGCGUAAUACGGAAAAUAAACAAACAGAACAAGAGCAAAAACAAAAGCAUCAGCACCAGCACCGGCAGCAAUAAUAACAACAAAGUUGAGCCCGAAACCAUUAACAUUUUGCAGCUUCAAUCACAGCAGCAGCGAGGAAGAAAUUAAAUAACUGAAACAAACAGGAUAAAAGGGGGCAGAGGCAGCGGCAAAGGCAAACACAAACACAAACAAAAACGCUAAACAAAAAGGAAAAACGACGGUAGUAAUAACAAACAAAUCAAGCGAAAUUCGGCAUUUAAAAUCCAGACAUAAAAAAUGUAAUGGAAAGCAUUAGUGCUCAUAAAAAAUGGAUUUACACAGCCUUUUUAAGGCCAUCCUGAUCCUGUAUGUCAUACGAGCCGAGACCAGCCAGAUUGUGAAUGGACUGGAUCUGCAGGGACCGAUAUUCCUACACGAGCCACCGCACCGCGUCGAGUUCUCCAACAAUUCGGGUGGACUUAUAGAAUGCUCGGGCCACGGGACUCCGUCACCGGAGGUGGAAUGGACACCCAUACCACCGCAGCAGGACAUGGUGUUCCAGCUCUCCAAUGGCAGCAUGAUGUUCUAUCCCUUUACGGCGGAAAAGUACCGCCACGAGGUCCAUGCCACCGUCUACAGAUGCAAAAUUCGCAAUUUGGUGGGCACUGUUCUCAGUCGCGAGGUUCACGUGCGCGGCGUCGUCAACCAGAAGUACACGGUGCAGGUGCACGACGAAUACGUGAUGACGGGCAACACGGCGGUGCUGAAGUGUCAGGUGCCCAGCUACAUGUCGGAAUUCGUGAUGGUAACCGCCUGGGUGCAGGACACCGGUAUGCACCUAUAUCCGAACACGGACAUCGGCGGCAAGUACACGGUGCUAUCGAACGGCGAAUUGUACAUAAAUAAUGCGGGGCCCAAUGAUGCGUACAAAAGCUACACAUGCCGCACUGUAAAUAGACUGACAGGUGAAAUACAAAUUUCCACAUAUCCCGGCCGCAUUAUUGUAACGGAGCCCAAGGGUAUGGUACAGCCGCGCAUCAACGUGGAGAAGCAUUCGAUGCGGCAUGUUGUCCUUAAUGGCCAAACAACGUUGCCGUGCAUAGCUCAAGGACAUCCGGUGCCGACAUAUCGGUGGUUCAAGGAGGAGAACGAGCAGCUGCUGCCAUUGCAACUCAGCGAACGCAUCACCAUCGUAUCCGCGGGACUCCUCAAAAUUACCAAGGCACGUCUCGAGGAUAGUGGAAAAUAUUUGUGCUGGGUGAACAAUACGGCGGGCGAGGAGACCAUCCAAGUGUCGCUAACGGUGACAGCUCCUCUGACGGCACACCUGCAGCCACUGGUGCAGACGGUCGAUGUCGAUAAGGAUGCGCAAUUUCAAUGCAUUGUCUCGGGCCAUCCGGUCCACGAUGUCAACUGGCUGCACGACGGCAAGCCCAUCCUGCGGGACAAUCGCGUAGAGAUCCUCACCGAUCCCCCGCGACUGAUCAUCAAAAAGGUCCAAAAGGAGGACCCUGGCAUGUACCAGUGCUUCGUCUCCAACGAAUGGGAGCAGGUCCAGUCCACGGCUGAGCUGCAGCUGGGCGAUGCCUCGCCGGAACUGCUUUAUUGGUUCUCCGAGCAAACGCUGCAGCCGGGUCCGACGGUGUCGUUGAAGUGCGUCGCCACCGGAAAUCCACUGCCUCAAUUUACAUGGUCCCUGGACGGAUUUCCGAUUCCAGACAGCUCGCGCUUUUUAGUGGGUCAAUAUGUUACCAUCCACGACGAUGUCAUCAGCCACGUGAAUAUAUCAAACGUGAAGGAGGAGGACGGCGGGGAGUAUACCUGCACGGCCCAGAAUGCAAUUGGCAAAGUCUCGCACAGCGCCAAAGUGAACAUCUAUGGGUUGCCUUACAUACGCGAAAUGCCAAAAAUAACCGGGAUCUCUGGCUCCGAUUUGAUUGUUAAAUGUCCCGUGGCUGGUUACCCCAUCGAUAAAAUCCACUGGGAGCGCGAUGGCCAAACGCUACCCAUAAAUCGCCGCCAGCGUGCCUACAACAAUGGCACCUUAAUUAUCGAGCAAUUGCAGCGCCUGGAGGAUGCGGGCACGUACACGUGCAUGGCCCAGAACAAACAGAAGCAGACCUCGCGACGCAAUGUGGAGAUCCAGGUCCUGGUGCCACCGAAAAUCAUGCCCAUCCAGGCCAUGACGAACAUGCUCCGCGAGGGGAUGCGAGCGGCCAUAUCCUGCCAGAUCCUGGAGGGCGACCUGCCGGUUAGCUUCCGCUGGGAGCGUAACGGAAAGCCGCUGAUAGGAACAGGCAACGAGGUAUUCCGUCGCCUAGAUGAGUACUCUGCCAGUUUGGUCAUCGAACACAUAUCCUCGGAUCAUUCUGGUAACUACACCUGCAUUGCCAGCAAUGUGGCAGGAACUGAGAGAUUCACAGUGCCUCUGACCGUCAACGUUCCACCGAAAUGGGUCCUAGAGCCAAAGGACUCUAGUGCCCAGGCUGGAUCGGAUGUCCUGCUGCACUGUCAGUCAUCGGGCUAUCCUAAGCCCACGAUGACCUGGAAGAAGGCCAUUGGACCUACGCCAGGGGAAUACAAGGACUUCCUGUAUGAGCCCACAGUGCAGCUUUUUCCCAAUGGAACCAUCUUCUUCAAGAAGAUCAGCAAGGAGUCGCAGGGUCACUUUCUGUGCGAGGCCAAGAAUACCAUAGGAUCUGGGGUCAGCAAGGUUAUCUUUUUGAAAGUUAAUGUACCCGCCCACUUCCAGACCAAGACGAAACAGAUAUCAGUGGCCAAGGGCAAGCAGGUCCAUGUGCAGUGCAACGUGCUGGGCGACAAUCCCAUCGACUUCAAAUGGAAAAUCCAGGCAACGCAACAGUAUCUCGACGAGUCACUGGAUUCCCGCUACACCAUCCGAGAUCAAGUGCUCGACGACGGCAUGGUCUCCGAAUUGGGCAUUUCGCACACAUAUCGCCAGGACACGGGCAUUUAUAUCUGUCAGGCGAGCAACGCAUUUGGACAGGAUGAGAUGUCCAUCCAGCUCAUCGUGCAGGAGGUGCCCGAGCAGCCCAAAAAUCUCCGCAUCAACUCGCAGCAGUCGCGCAGCCUGCAGCUCACCUGGAGCCAGCCCUUUGCCGGUAACAGUCCCAUUGAGGAAUAUCACAUCUACUACAAGCAGAUAUCAGACAUUUGGCAAAACUCGGAACACCUGACCAUUGCCGGUUCCGUGACCGUGGUAAACAUUCAACAGCUUCGCCCGGCCAAAGCCUAUCACAUCCGCAUGUCUGCUGAGAACAAACUGGGUGCCUCUGAAUUCUCUGAAGUAGUGCAGGUGACCACUCUGGAGGAGGUGCCUUCGGGUCCUCCGCUAGCCGUGCGCGCCGAGCCCAAAAGCUCCACCGAAAUCUUUGUCACCUGGGAUGCUCCGGAGCGGGAUCACUGGAACGGCAUCCUGCUCGGCUACUAUGUGGGCUACCAGAUGUCACUGACGCCCGAGGACAAGGAGGUGAAUCCCACCCAGGGUUUCAGCUUUAAGACUGUGGAGGUGCGCUCCCACUUUGGUGGGGAGACGGUGCUGGCCAACCUCAACAAGUACACUCAAUACCAUGUGAUUGUCCAGGCCUAUACCAGCCAGGGCAGCGGACCGCCCAGCAAGGAGAUUGCCGUGCAAACAAUGGAGGACGUUCCCUCGGCUCCGCCAGAGUCGCCGCAGUGCGAUGUCCUCGGCUCCACAUCGAUUUAUAUCACCUGGUCGCCGCCGGACAUUGAUGGCCAAAAUGGCAAAAUCAAGGGCUACAAAGUGUUUUACAUAUCGGUGGACGAGCUCUACGAAACCGAUCCGGAGGUUGUCAAGUCAACAAAUCAAUACGUCACCAUCGAGAAUCUGCGCAAGUACACCAACUACACGGUCUGGGUUUUGGCUUACACCAAAGUAGGCGAUGGCAUGAAAACCAAACCGUUUUAUUGCCGCACCCACGAGGAUGUGCCCUCCGCCCCGCAGGCCAUCAAGGCGAUACCCGCGUCGAGCACAAAAAUCAUAAUAUCCUGGCUGCCGCCCGACCUGCCCAACGGUGACAUUACCGGCUACACCUUCUACAUGUCCAUGCUGGAGGGUGGACGCGAGGAGGGCACCCACAAGCGUCUGCUUGGACCCUAUGUGGAGAUGCACGAGACUGUGAGGACUCAGGAAUCCGCCACCUACCAGUUCUGGCUGACUGCCUCCACCAAGAUGGGCGAGGGCGAGAAAACCCAAGUGGUUACAGUGCCGCCCAAUAACAAGGUGCCGGCACGGAUCGUUUCCUUCAGCCAAAGGAUAGUUACCCCCUGGAAAGAACACUUGGAGCUGCCCUGCCGCAAGGUAGGCUCUCCUGCCCCGGUGACAAUUUGGCGUCAAGAUGGACACAACAUGGAGACGAGUGCCCGCAAGACAAUAGCCAAAAACGGGACACUGUACAUGAAGGAGUGCCAGGCAAGUGAUGCCGGCAACUAUACUUGCAGCGUGGAGAACACCUGGGGCAAGGACGAGAUCGUGUACAACAUAGUGGUGAAGGUGCCGCCAGAGGCACCCAAUCUCACCGUGGUCAAUACCUACACGGACAGCCUGCUCCUAGAGUGGCUGGACAACAGCCACGGCGGCAGUCCCAUCCUUGGCUAUGUUAUAAACUACAAGCGGGACAAUGGGGACUGGGAGGAGUUGCAGGUGGAUGCCAAGACCACCUCGCACCUGCUGAACAACCUGUGGUGCGGCACCCGCUAUCAGCUUUAUAUAACAGCUUAUAACAAGAUAGGAACAGGUUUGCCCUGCGAUAUAGUCAACUCCUACACAAAGGGCAAUCCUCCAGUGCAGCCCAAGCACUCGCAGAUGAUCACCAACAACUCGACGAGUGUGACUUGCUGGCUGGAUUCCUGGGGAGAUGGUGGCUGUGGCAUACUCUACUUUAUGAUCGAAUCUAGAGUGUACGCCAGAUCCUCUUGGACAGUGGUCUCCAACCACAUAGCACCCACGGAAAGGAUCUAUACGGUCAGUGAUUUGACGCCGGGCACCAAGUAUCAGCUCAAAGUGACAGCCCACAACAAUGCGGGCUCCACCACGGCUAUAUACAAUUUUACCACGCUGUCUACUCAAGGAGUAAUGUACAACAAUGACCACUCCACACCUGUCUCCCACCUGAGCGACCUGCCCUUCUAUGCCAACUUCAAGCUGCUGCUGCCCAUCUGUGUUUCCCUGCUAAUGCUGCUGGCCCUCAUAGGAGCCGCUCUUUUUCUACGCAAAAGAAAGCUGAGCAACCAGGCCCGGCUGGCCAGCUCCUCGAUGUCGGAGUCCCCUUCACUGGCCAAUCUGCAGAACAAGCAGAACCGAGAUCAGCAGUAUUUGGCUGUGCGCUGUAAUCCCGGCACCUCUGCUCCACGGGGCUCCAACUCCAACGACUCGGGGAGCUUUGGCAAGGCGGAGGGCAAUGAGUACAUUGAGGACAUUUGUCCCUAUGCCACCUUUCAGCUGAAUAAGCAAACCUACAGCGAGAGCUCCUACAGUGGCAAUGUGUACAGUGGGCCCUAUCACUCGGUGCGCGGAUCCUUUGUCUACCAUGAUGUCAAGCCGGAGAGCUAUCAUUCCAAGGAGCCGGAGUACACCAAAGUGCGGCGAAAAGUGGGCCGCCUCAGGGAUCCGCACUCGGAGAGCCAAGAAUCGGACAAUCCAGGUUCAACAGAUUCCGAAGUUAGGAAAAUCCUAACGCUUCACAUCCCAAUUACAGAAUAUGACACACUCGGCUCCGAGUCCGACAAUGAUGUGUCUGCACGCGCUCUAAACUCGGCCAAGUAUCGCGCCCAACGGGAUACCCAAGAUGAGACUUCAUCCUCCUCCGAGACCACGCCCACUAGCAUGACCCGGAAAUCGAAGCCACCGUUUGCUGCCCGGAAGGCUGGUAAGCCCGGGACGAGUGGCAAGCGACAUGUUCGCAGUUCCAGUGGCUACUCCAGCCACAACGAAGAAACUACUUUUAGCAUAUCCAACUAUCCACCAAACUAUCAGGACCACAUAAAUCCACCAGCUCGUUUUUCGGAUGCCAACGACAAGACGAAGACCCAGACGUCGCCACGAAUGCGUGCCAACCAGAAGCUGCAGCGGGAGGCUUUCCAGAUAAAUGUCUAAGACCCGGAACCGGAACCGGAAACGGAGAGUUAAUUUUAAAGCCUAAUCUUAACUGAAUGUACUAUAUAAGCGGGAAACGAAACUGUAAAAUCUUGUUGUAAAUCCACCCAGUAAUGCGGAAAUCAAACCGAAGAAGGCCCACACUUUCAAAACUUAAACAAAGAAAGUAUAAAGAAUAAGAUGAGGAACUCAAAAAGAAAAACUAGCGAGGCGUUAAUCAUCUUAUUCUAUAUAUAGUCUUUGUCUAAGCUUUGACUAACUCAAUCUACAAAAGGGAAACUCAACUAUUUACAACGGAAAAGCGUUCAAGAAAAUAACAGCCGUAGGAGAAGGGAAAGGAAAUAACAGAUUUUCGAAAGGGAUUUUUGAUUUUCAACUUAAGAAUCGAAAUGGCAACAGCACGAGAAAUAAACCAUAAGACUUAUUUACACACUGAUUAUGCUUAGUUGAACUUCAAGAGCAGCAUAAGUGUAAUAAACAUAAAGACGAGACGACGGAUAUAAAUAAAUUAAUGUUAUAGAUCCUAAAUUAAGCAUUUAAUGUAUGAUAAACCGAACUGCGGCAGGCCGCAGAUGAUGAUGCUGCUGCUCUGCCGGCCAAAAUCGAGGAAAUCUAAGAAAAUCUUAAGGCAGGGCACAUGAAAAUAUAUAGUACUAACAUACAUAUAUUCAUAUACGCGCAUUACAAUACUAAAAAAAAAACAACAACAUUGGGCCUUUGUGCUGAUUCUUUGCAUUUUGUAGUGGAAUUAUGAACAUUAUUUCGUUGAACUAACAAGAAGACAUUGUUUGUUUCCAUUGAAUCCAUUUUUGCAUCAGUUUGUAAGUGUUUUGCGACAAGAAGAAUGACACUGUUAGCUAGUUACUUAAAUGAAUUAAAUUAAUUUACACGGGGAUACAAUAAUAAAUAAACACGAAUGCAUUCAGAUAGUUUAUGAAACUGUUGUACAUAGCUAAGCGUCAUACAAUUAAUUCUACAAAAAUCGAAAAAUAAUAUACAAAACCGGAAGUUAGAGGUAGGAAGAAAUCGAUUUUGACAAUCGAUUACUCUUAAAAUUUUUCUUUUCUUCUUCUUUUCCUAUACAAAACUCAUUAAAUUCGUAUUAUUAGUUAUGAAAUGAUCGAAAAAUAUAUUGAUCUCUUUAGUGUAGAAU